GCAGGGCAGUCUGCUGCCGGAGGAGGGACUUUUCCCAGAUAACGACAGCUUAACGCCCACCGCGCGGGCACGCGUGUUUGCCAGGGUUUCGUCUCUUUUCCCUCUUUAUUGACUUUGUCCUUGUUUCUGCGGCCAGGGGUCAGAGCGGGCUUCAGCUGGACUUUGCAGCAAGUCCAGCCAAAAGGGCAGGUUACAGGGUGCUGCGGCGGCCCCCCAUCCGAGCUGGAGAGGCUUCUCCAGCGCGAGCUGAAACAUUUUUCCAGCGUUUAUCCGACUACGCUACCUUUUGCCCCAGCUUGAGCAGGUUGCGCUGGGAAGAGCCGUGCCGGCCGCCCCGGCACCAUGCCGGUCAGCUCGGAGCCCCCCGACGUGGCGAAGCUGCUGCACCUCCUCUUCCUCUCGACCUCCUGGGGGAUGCAGGUCUGGGCCACCUUCGUGUCCGGGCUGGUGAUGGGCAGCCACCUGCCCCGGCACACCUACGGCUUCAUCCAGAGCGAGCUCUUCCCCUACUACCUCCACAUCGGCUCUGCCUGCGCCUUCUUCAACCUGACCAUAUUCGCCAUGUACCACCCCAGCGAGCUGCUCAGCGAGGAGGAGAUGACCCAGAUCAUCGUCUUCUUCGUCUGCGUGGCUGUCGCGGCGCUGAACGCGCAGUGGUUCGGGCAGAUGACCUCGGACAUCCUGGCAGACAUGCACCGGAUCGAGCGGAGCUACGGCCUGGGCCAGGAGAUCGGCUUCUUCACCAGCAAAUCCUACCAGAAGCUGCGCGACUCGGACCCUGCCUACAGGAAGAUGUCCCGGCAGCUCGUCCUCUACCACGCGCUGUCCUCCCUCUGCAACCUCUGCUGCAUCGCGUGCAACGGCUGGAGCCUGCGCUACCUGGCUGCUCACCUCUCCGCCUUGUAAGGGAGCGGGCCGCCCGUCGGACUGCGACUCGAGGGGCGGCUGGCCAGAGUCAGAGCUGUGGGGAAAGGGAGACUCCCUGGGGCCAACCUGUGCCUUGCUGUAAAAUGCCCCUGAGCUCUGGGGAUUAAAUUUCGGCAGCCUCAGGUGGGGAGUCCUGCGCCUCUAUUCCCCUCUGCUGGGGAGUCCCAGUCCCCAGCUGAUCACACUUACAGACCACAUUCCCUCCAAAAACCAACAGGAGUUUCCCAUCACAUCGACUAUCCUGAAUGGAUCAUUCUGCAUUUUUCUAAUUGCUAAAUCCCUGCUGCCAGAACAGUUUGCUUGCGGGUGCUCGUGGUGCUACCUCUGCAGAGGUGCUGGGCUGUACCUCCCCCUGCGGCUUUGCGUUGCCUGGGUGGAGGCGAGCUGCUCCGGCUGGCGCGCUGCCACUCCACGUGGUCCGUCCUGCCUUCUGCAAAGAGCAGAGCGGUGCAGGGACGCAGCGUGCCAGAGGCUGCCAUGGGGGGAGAGCUGCCAGCCGUCCUCUCAUAGUGCACUUCACGAUGAGGAUCUUUAUCGAAGUUCCCAGUUUGUGCAUGCAGCAUGCAAAUUUUGUAGAUCUUUUUACUCAGAAAGACUUUUAAAAGUAUCUAGAAAAAGAUAUGGCCAAAGUGCACUCACUUGCACCAUGCAGCAAUCACUGCUUUUCUGCUUCUGCUUUGCCAAUUACAGAAACAUUUUUUGUAAUAGGUCAAAACUAUGGUUUCAGCCAUUAAGAACUGCUUUGAGCUUAUACACUACAGAUUUACUUCCAGAGAGCCAACAGAGAAUAUCAGUAAUUUCUGAUUGACUUUAAAAGUUGCUGCACAGAGCAUUCAUUAUUUCAAAAGAACACUCAACUACUUACACCAAGUUCUAACAGUAAUAGCAGUUAGUGCACAGUCAGAGCUGUUUACGGCAAGUAGUAGUUGGGGAACUGAUUCAAAGCAGUACUGAAUGCAGAUAGAUUUAAGAAAUUAUUAUGCUUCUUUAAAUUCUUUCUCUGUAAAAUACUUUUACUAUAUUUGUGCACACUGAAGUAGUUCAGGAAUGGCUAAAAUGGAACUUCAAGCUUUUGUUUUCCUUAGAGCUGUUUGAAUCCAGCUCUGGAGUGAGAAAAAAAUCUCUGAUUUUAGCAGAAGUGUUUAUGGCUGAAUAGCUUUUUAACGUUCUGAGUACCUGAUGCCUCUAAAAUUGCAGUAUAUUUCUGCAAUCACUAUCAGGGCAGCUCAGAGAGAAAUGAGAGAUUUAGAGUUACUUUUAAUUAAAAACUGAAAGCCAACACAGAAGCAUGGAAGACCCUGUAUGUUGGCUUUACCAUUUAGCAUGAUGAAUAAGGCUCUUAUGUUUGGGUUUAAAAUAACUGUAUGUCAUUCUCUUGAAUACCAUGCGCUAUUUCAUUCAGUGAGAAAAAUGAUUGCCUCAUUUAUUAGGC